GUCGCGCUUACACACUCCGCUCAGCGCAUGAAGGACGUCCCGAGCGACCAGGUGGAGACCGCUGCGAGGGCCGUGGUGGCGGUUGGCCGCUGGGUCGGAGGGUCCGCGAAGGCGAAUAUCCUCCCCGCCUUCCUGCCCGAUCCGCUCGACGAAUGCUUCGACCCGAUUCGGAAGUGGGUUGCGAUGUUGAGCAUCGGCAUCAAGGUGGAGCUCGAGGGUGUGUUGACGCGCACUGCCACGGUGGAGAGCGUGAAGGAGUGGGUCGGCGAGGGCAUCGGGGAUGUCAUCCGGGUGUUCGUCGACAUCUUCCAGGCGAGCCGUGACCACGUCUCCGCCGUCGCGCCGCAGAAGCCGUUCGACUUCCUCAUGCAGGGGGUCGCCGUCAUGGAGUGGGUCGCGAGCGCCGCGUGCAUGGUGACCCGCGAGGGCGAUGAUCAGUACUCGGUCGAGUUCUUCAAGCGCAUGGCCAAGGGUCUGAGGGACCACCUUGAGAAGCCGCUUCCCUCGGCUGAGGAUUGCGAGCCUUGGCAACCGCAUGAAGUCGAGUGGGCGAAGGACGCCACCGAGCAGUUCCUGUCGUCUCCCUUCAUCUGCGGCGAGGGAGGAUACGCAUCGAAAGUCGCUGGGGCGCUGGAGUCCUAUUCGAAGCCUAUCGUGGAUCCACUUAUCACGUUCCUGAAGACCGUGUUCGGCGAGAACAAGCUCGGCGACAUCGACCUCGGGAGGGCGGGGGACGUGUCCGCGAUCUCGGUGGAGUUGUCGGCAUUCUCGCCCGCGCUGUCGUGGGCGGAGGAGGCCGGGGACAAGGCCCUGAGCACGCAGCUCACAUACUUGUACAAUGCCGCGUCGCUCCUGGUCCACGUCAUGAAGAUGAAGCGCUUCGCGGAUGUCACGUUCGCACCUGGCGCGGCCAUGAAGGACGCGAAGGUGACCGAGGAGACGCUCAAGAUGGUGUGCGACGGCAGGGCCUCGUACAACGCCUUCGACACUUGCGUCUCCCUCGCGGGGGGCUCCGACCUCUUCGCCGACAACGGGGACCCCUAUCACUCCAAGGCCUUCCACUCGAUCGUCGACUUCGAGCCGUUCAACAGGUCUAUCCGGGCCUGCUUCGUCGCGGUGCAGGGGGCUUUCGGCGGCAGCUGGAGUUCGAACCUCGCCGCAUUGCGGGGGGCCAUCGAGGAGGGUUGCCCGAACUGGCAGUGGGCCAAGGACACUCUCCUGGACCACGUGGACUUGUGCGACGCGCUCUGCAAGAACGAGAAGUACAGCAGCCUCAGCCCCCUGGCCGCGGAGAUCAAGAGGCAGGUGAAGUUGAUCAAGCGCGCAGACCACUAUCCAUGCCUGCCACCCCUGGUCGACCCGAAAGGCUUGAAGGACAGCGUGAUCGCGGGCGAUCUGGGCAUCGAGACCGUCAGCUUCACUUUCGCCAUCUACAAGUUGCUGAAAUCUUGGCCUGGAUCGGUGCUGUCGAAGCCGGAGGCGGAGAAGCAGGUGAUCGCAUUGAAGAAAAGUCUGGAGCCUUCAAAAGUCCAGCUGUCGGACCAGAUUAACUUGGAGCUGAACCGCUGGGAGGACGGCACUCGCCUUGAGACGCCGUUCCAGCCGAGGGCGCCAGCGCCUCCUGCGGCCGCCGCGCCAGCGGCGGAGCCUCCCGCCGUCGAGCCCCCGCUUCCGCCUCCCGAGGCCCCCCCGCCACCGCCCGCGUCUUUGCCAGGCAGCUCCCCGGGCGCGUCUCAGCCCGUAGUGGGCUCGAAGCUCUCCCUGAAAGAGAGGAUGAGGCUCUCCCUGAAGAAGAGCUCG